CCGAGGUUUACCGAAAGCUACUUUCAGUUUACUUAUACCUUAUUCUGUUUUCAUAACAAAAGAGUUCCAUUCAGAUCUUGGUCUCUAACACAGACAUAAUGUAUUACGAUGGAUAUGACGAGGAUGCCCUGGAUGAAAUUCUUCCAAGUCUUUUUAUAAGUGGAUUUGUCCCUGCCAAAGAUUUAGACCGAUUAGAGAAUCUAGGAAUAACUCACAUUGUUAACUUAUCUUCUUAUGAAAAUAAUUUUCAUGGAAAAUUCAAGUAUCUCAGAAUCCCAGUAGAAGAUAUUCCUUCGGAGGAAAUUCAUCCAUACUUCGACGAAUCUCUCAAGUUUAUCGAAGAGGCUUUUACAGAGAAUGGCCGAGUUCUCGUGAAUUGUAAUGCAGGACAAUCUAGAGCAGGAACAAUUAUAAUACUUUACAUAAUGAAAACGAAAGGCAUGACCUUUGAAGAUGCUCAAAAAUUGGCACAGAGUAAGAGGAAAUCUAAUGAAAUAUGUCCAAAUUCGGGAUUUCGAAGACAGCUUAUUGAGUAUUUUGAAAAGUGAUUCUGAUCAGUCCUUUUGAUAAAAACGAUUCUUAUACAAUAAAGUAUGGAACACCAAAUUAACAUAUAUUCAAAUAUUUGAACCUAUCUUCAAAUAAUUGUACCUAUCUUCAAA